AUGUCAACCAGAUUCCAACGUACUGCCAACAAGACGCUCAAUGAGCAACACGCCAAAAUAUUAAAGGAAUGUCUACAGAGACCAGAGAACAGACACUGUGCUGAUUGCAGACGUAAAGAUCCUCGAUGGGCUUCGUGGAAUCUUGGCAUAUUUAUUUGUAUAAGAUGUUCUGGAACUCAUCGAUCUAUGGGAACUCAUAUUAGCAGAGUUAAAUCUAUCGAUCUAGACUCGUGGACACCGGAACAAGUAGAAAAUGUGCGUCGAUGGGGUAAUGCUAAGGCUAAUGUGUAUUGGGAGGCUAAUCUGCCAUCGAAUGCAAAAAUACCAGAGAGCAAUAUAGAUUAUUGGAUUAGAUCCAAGUACGAGGCAAAGAAAUGGGCUCAGAAGGGUCCCAUUCCCGAUCCGGACAUGUUGAGUGAUGGGUUCUCGGCUCAACAAGAAAAGGCUGCAAGUUCAGCACCUACGGGCUCAACACAGGAAAAAACAGUUUCACCCGUUCAGAGGUCGGCAACUCCCAAUCCGGGUGUCGUUGGAGAUAAAGACAAUUUAAAAUCUAGCAUCAUGAGCUUGUAUAACAGUAGCCCACAAAUGGGAGGCGGGGGGCUGUCACCAAUGCCAAUGGGACAGGGAAUAUACGGGAUGAAGAACGCAUCUCAGGGUAACCUACCGAGUCAGCAUUUGCAAUCAGUGGCUAAUCUAUCAUCUUUGAACAAUUUAUCAAUGUCAAACUCAUCGACGCCCAAUCUCUCGUCAUCUUCACAACAACGCGGUGCGCAGAAUGUAAUUAUGCCUCAGGGUGGUCAAUUUUUCAACGUAUUUGCAUCGACUACGCUGAAUCAGCAAGAGAGAGGUGGAAAUGGGGCGGAUCGUGCAAGUGCCGGGGAUGAUUAUGCAUAUUAUCACUCCCCCGAUCAACGUUCCAUAAACAAUGUAUUCUGCAAUUUCCCUCCUUCCGAAACUACAAUCACCCUCGCUUAUCAGUCCCCCUUCAAUGUACAGCACGGUCGAUCCCAACAACAUCGAGAACAGAACGACAAGAAUGCCCGCCUGGAUGUGAUUCAGCUCACAUAUCAGGAACAAUAUCAACCCCCAGGGCACAGUCAUGAGAAAAAAGUUGAUGCUUUCAGAAUACAGCAUUACGAGAUGGUAGUCACUGGUCGAAGGUGA